CUCAGCAGCAGCAUGGAGGGUGCCAAACCACUGAGGCCCACACCCCAGAUUCCAGACCUGCAACAAGUCAUGGACGCUGCACGAGUGUCAAGCGGGCUGCCCGCGCAGCAGAGCGCGCUGCAGAACUCGCUGGCGUCCUUAGCCAAUCUGCGGUCUGCCUUCACGCCCAUGGUCCCCACGCAGGGGCCCCUGUACCCAGAGAUUGCCCUAUUCAGCCAGUUCAACCAGCUGCUCCCGGGAAUGGCGGAGCUGGCGCAGCAUCAGCAGAUGCUCAGCCGAAACGCAGAGCCUGCAGCUUCGAGGGGCCGAACCAAAUCCAACGACUCCAAGUCUUCCUCGGCCUAUGCCUCGCGGCAUCAGGCGGCAGAACAGCGACGACGCACACGCAUCAAUGAGAGGCUGGACCGGCUGCGGCAAGUGGUGCCUCACGCGGAGCGAGCCAACACAGCUUCGUUCCUGGAGGAGGUGAUCACGUAUAUCCAGGGCCUGCAGAAGCGGAUUGCCGAGCUGGAGCAGGCAGCAGGUGGGGGCCAGGUCAUCGCCCAGCCCACCAUCGCCCAGCCGGCGACCACCAGCGCACCGCUGAUGGCACAGGCGGGCUUCACAGCUGUUCCCAGGGCGGCUCAGUCGGCCGAGGUGCCAGCCCCGGCAGCCAACCACGGCCACGGCGCUGGGGCACAGGGACCACUUGACGCACGUGACAAGUUCUCUUUUUCUUGUACCGCAGCACAAGCCCCCCAGGAAGCCCAGCCCAGCGCGCAGCCCCACACGCAGCCGGGCACUCCCCCUGCAGUCUCGGGCGGUCACGCCAGCGAGGCGGGCGGUGCAUCGCCAGCCUCCAGCGAGGGCUGCGGGAUGCCCCUCAAGAAGAGGCGCGUGGUCGAGGGUGGCAGCGGUUGAGAGAGCCGAUCACCCUGGGUCGACUUUGCAGAUGCUGUCUGAAGGACAGGCGGACUUUCGUGAGCGAGUAUACAUGCGGCAAAGCUGAUCGAUUUCAAGCAGGACUUUUGCAGUGCUGUUGACCUUAGUAAUACCAUGGCCUAGCAGAGAGAGACGUGGGAAGUAUCGCUGGUGUUAUAAAUGCAAGAAUCCUCUGUGUGAGUUACUUGUUAUUCUCGUACUGUACCCGUGCACAAUGCUUAUUGAAGUGGAAGCUUCCUUUGAUAUAUUGUUCAAGGCCUGGCAGAUGACGCGCAAAACACUUAUUUAUAUGCGCGGAGUAGUGAAAAUGAAACGAGUGUCUGCAAUGCGUGCUGAGUGCGAUUUUCUCUGCUGCCCUGGAGCAGCGGUAGGAUAUGGUAUGCAUCUGGUGUUCCGUGCUCUGUGUGCAUGCUGUGCAUAAAGCUGUCUUGAGGGCGACCCAAUUAAAGGUUGCUUAUGACUUACC